AGAAGUAUACAAAAUGUUAUAAUUAUAAUGCAUUACUUAUACUUGAUCAAAAUGUUAUAAUGGAAUCAGAAUUAUCGGAGGAAGGUGCUUUACGCUCACAAUUUACGGUGGAUGAUUUGGAUAUUGAAAUAUUGCCACUUAUAUAUGAAAUAAUUCGGAGUGUUGAAAAAGAUCCACAUGACACUACACAAAAAGCUAAAGAGUCACAAGAUACAAGUCAUAAAAUAUUAGAGCUUCAAAAGAAAUUAGAUUCUGCAAGGGCACAGAUUAGAAGAUUGCCAGGAAUAGAAUACAGUAAAGAAGAACAGUUGCAAAAACUUGAAACUCUACGUAAACAACUUAGGCUUAAAAGAGAGCUUUUAUUGAAAUAUCGUAACAUGUGUACAUUUGAAGUCCCGAAAGUAUAAAUAAUUUUGUUUGUUUAAGAAAAAGCAAUUUAUAUCAGCAUGGGUUUUUUGCGCAUGUUAUUUACAUAUUUGAUGCAUAAUGAAAAAUUAAUCGAGAAAUUAGCAAAUACAAAGCCAAUUAGGCAGUCUGCACGAUUUGUAGCAUAUUUAAUACUUCAGAGUAAAACACAUGGUAUUCAUUUAUC